AUGGUGUUUUCUGCUGGCUUUAUUCUUUUAGCCUCGGCCGCACUUGUUGCUGGUCACGGUAAAGUCACUGGUGUCCGGAUUAAUAAUGUUUACUAUCCAGGUUCAGAGAAUUACAAUACCCCUGAAAACGACAAAUCCCCUGUCCGUGCGCUCCCUAGUGACCUUGGCUUUGUACACGCCCAGAACGUCAAUUCGCCGGACAUUGCUUGCUCUUCUGCUGGAUACACUCCUCGCAAGCUGACUCCCGAAGUUCCUGCUGGAGGUCAAGUUGGCAUUAGGUGGGGUGGCGAUGGUGGCCCAGACAAGAAGCAGUGGCCUCACCCAGAAGGUCCCGCUAUCGCUUACUUAGCCUCCUGCAACGGCAAGUGCUCUGAGUUCAACCCUUCCGGCGCCGGAUUCUUCAAGAUCCUUGAAGAGGGAUUGGUCGCGUCUCGCCAGCCUAACCAGUCUGGGAACGACCAUCUUCCGUGGGGCCAAGGAAUGUGGGCUCAAAACCGAAUGCAGUACGAGGAUAGCUGGAACUAUGUCACGAUUCCCUCCGACAUUAUGCCUGGAGAAUAUCUUCUUCGUCAUGAGCUUAUUUCUCUCCACGAUGCUCAUAGUGGUGGACAAGGUGCUCAAUAUUAUCCGGUGUGCGUUCAGAUCAAGGUCACUGGCGGAGGCAAUGCUACACCUCCGACUACUCCAGCGACCCAACUCUACCGUCCUCAGGAUGGCGUUGUCAACAUCUAUGAGCCUUAUGAUAAGCACGGAAUCGCUGCCUCGGUAUACAAGAUUCCCGGUCCUCCCUUAUACGGUUCGCGUAAGACCUCUGCGGGCGCUGGAGCUUCUCGAGCUCAUGGUCAAUCAAAGAAGCGCAUGUCGCACUAA